AUGAUUUGCGAAGGCAAACAAAGUUGGCCGGAACUCGUGGGGGUAAGUGCCGAAAUUGCAGUCCAAACCAUCCAGAGUGAGAAUUCUUUCGUCACAGCCAUCGUAUAUUCUAUGGACGAUCCUGCUAUCAUCAUCGAUUUCAGUUGUAAUCGUGUUUUUGUUUUCGUUGACGACCAAGGCAUCGUUGGUCGUGUUCCUUAUGUUGGUUGA